AUGUCAAACAGUGACCGUAUCCUCCAGUUAACGCCCCCCCAGGAGGACCAGCUCUUACUUGACCAGAUAAUGAUUGACUCGGCAAAGCUGAAGCCUCCCAUAUGUACAGCCUAUGGAUCAUGCCUCCUCACUCAUUCAACAUACCUAGAUGAUGACGGCGCCAAUGUUCCACUUAUUUAUCAAAGACACGAGUCACCUUCUCCGUCGUCACCACCGCCAUCAGAAACCACAAGAACCCGUUGUCUGGUAAAUAAAAGCUCAGAGAGUGAACUAUAUCAUGAUCUGGAGAAGUGA